AUGGCAUCUUCAUCUUUGCAACAAGAAAAAUGCAAUCAUGGUGAGGAUACUAGAAAUAUUGUGUUAAAAAAAGGAACUUGGUCAAAGGAAGAGGAUCAAUUAUUAAGAGAAUAUGUGACAAAAUAUGGAGUUGGAAAGUGGGAUUCCGUACGAAAGAAAAUAAAACUUGUUAGAGAUGGAAAAAGUUGUCGUAUAAGAUGGUUAAAUCAUCUAAAUUCAAUUUUAAAAAAGUGCUUCUUCAAUGAAGAAGAAAGAAGAAAACUUAUUCAUCUCUAUAAUGAGUUAGGACCAAAAUGGUCUCAAAUGGUUUCACAGUUUCCUGGAAGAACCGAUAACGAGUUAAAGAAUUUUAUUAAUUCCAAAAAAAGGAGUUUAAAAAACUCUAGAAAGCACCUCAUUUCAGAAAACAUAAACCAUGUUGAUGAGUUGAAUAACAAUGUUGGAGAAAUUAGUAACCAACAAAAUAAUGCCUCCCAAGAAGAAGAAAUGGAAUUUGAUCAUCAAGAAGAUACUCUACAUGGUAACUAUCUUCUUGAUCAAAUUUAUGAUGACAAAAAUAUCAACAACUUUCAACAAUUUUCAACGUUGGUUGAUGAUUUAAGUACUUGUUUCAACAAUCAUGUUGUCCCAACAUUGGAUGAUAGGUUUCCUACACUCCCAGAAUGUUCAUACUUUCAAGAUAUGGAAGAUAUAGUUCCAUCAUUUUCAUCAAGUAAUCUGUUUUUUGAUCAAGAAGAUACUCUACAUGGUAACUAUCUUCUUGAUCAAAUUUAUGAUGACAAAAAUAUCAACAACUUUCAACAAUUUUCAACGUUGGCCGAUGAUUCAAGUACUUGUUUCAACAAUCAUGCUGUCCCAACAUUGGAUGAUAGAUUUUCUACACUCCCAGAAUGUUCAUACUUUCAAGAUAUGGAAGAUAUAGUUCCAUCAUUUUCAUCAAGUAAUAUGUUUUUUGAUCAAGAUCUUCCUCCAUACAAUCUAGACAUGGAUCAUCAACUUCCACAAGAAAUGUUUUCUGACCAAUAUCUUCAAAAUCCAUAUCUAUUAUCUAAUAUGUUUUUUGAUCAAGAUCUUCCUCCAUACAAUUUAGACAUGGAUUAUCAACUUCCACAAGAAAUGUUUUCUGACCAAUAUCUUCAAAAUCCAGAUCUAUCAUCUAAUAUGUUUUUUGAUCAAGAUCUUCCUCCAAUUCCACAAUACUAUCCAUACAAUAUAGAUAUGGAUUAUCAACUUCCACAAGAAAUGCAUUCUGACCAAUAUCUUCAAAAUCCAAUUCUAUCAUAUGAGGAGCCUCAAUAUGAGAUCUUAGAACCUUGGUUGCUAUCUGAAUGUGUUCCUCUUUGGUGA